AUGUCUGGAGAAUCCGCCACCGCUAUUCACAAGGGUCAAGUUGAUCUCUUAGACUUCAUAGAUUGGACUGGUGUUGAAUGCCUCAAUCAAAGCACAACUCACUCUCUUCCCAAUGCUAUCAAACAGGGUUAUAGAGAAGAUGAAGGUCCUGAAGAUGAAGGUCCCAAGACAGUAAAGCUCUUUACCAACAAGGAGCACAUGGGGUUCAGUAAUGUCAAUGACUAUCCACCAAGCGACACGGCUGUUUUGUCACCAGAAAACCUCAAGGGGAAACCGACACUUUUAAAGUAUGUCAAAUUUCAAAAUGUUCGCAGCUUGACAAUAUUUAUUGAGGAUAACCAGACUGAUUCUGAGGUCACGAAAGUUCAGAAGAUUCUGCUGAUUGGAUCAACAGUUGAAACAACUGACAUGAAGGGAUUGAAGAAGAUUGAGGAUCACUGA